UUAAAUUAAAGAAUCAAUAUCUGGUUGAAUUCUUAAGAAGACAUGCUUCAAUAAACGUAGCUACGAAUGCUUUAAUUGGGAAUGUCGUGACCUAUGCAAAGAGAAGAAAACUUUCGGUAACCAACGUUUUACACCUUCUGAUUUCUUCAUUUCCCGCAUAUCACGUCUAGCGAAAAACUCCUUUGUUUUACGACUUUUAAAACUGUGUUAACAUUUUAAAGGAUAGCCGUAUGGCUUUAAACUAGAUUCGAUAGUUAACACCCACGUACAACCAUGCGAAGGAUCCGUGUUCGAACAGAAACAGGAUGUAAAUACGAUUACAUGUAAAGCUCGCAGUAAGAUGACAAGAAGGUAUUUUGACGCCUUUUGACCUCGUUUCUAAGGUGAUUUCUUUUGAGGAAUGUGUUGCAAGAUGCCAGGAAAAAUUACCUUCACACAGAGACACAAUGCACAAAAAUAGGAAAAAAAGAGAUAGUUCUUCCAUCAGGCAACAGAGAAGUGCAGAGUACCAAAAUGAGUGCAUGACCUCUGCUGUACAGUCAAGAAACAAACCACUUCCUGUUAAGAUACGUUCAGUAGAAUUCAAAGAAAAGGAUAUUGAUGUUGUGUGGGAGAAAAAGAAUUCUUUCAAAACAGAUUAUAACUGGUCAGCUUAUGCAUUUAUCUACAAAGUUCGUUGUGAUAGAUGUGAUGAUGACAAAACAGCCAAGUGCAAAAUUAUUCCAAAGAACCAAACAGAUUAUUCAGUGCCACUGGCUCAAUGGGAAAAGCCUGAUUAUCUUUUUGCUGCUGUUGUGACCUUCCCGUUUUCCAAAAAAGCUUCUGUAUCUCUGGAAACAUUUUCUCCAUAUGCCCCUCCACACAAAAUUCCUAUGCCUACUGAAGCUAAAAAAGACACAGUUAAACUUGUAAGCUCUAUAGUAGGAGGAAUAGCAGCAGGAGUGGUUAUGCUUUUGCUGUUGUUUGCUCUAGUCAAGAAAAGGCCAUGCCGAGGAAGCACCCCUCGUAUGCCUCCACCAGCGCCCCCGAGACCAGAAGAGAAAAAAGACGAAAAAGAGCUAUACUACACCUGUUAUUAUCCAGAGAGUGACGCUUUUCGAAACGAAGUGGCCUCAAUUGUGAACUACUUUCGCCAGAACGGUUAUAAUGUUAUCAUGGACGUUAUGGUGUCUACAGAAAUAACUUCCCAGGGUCCUACGCGUUGGGGAGAAAGCCAAAUUAGAAAAGCUAAGAAGGUGCUGGUUUUCUUGUCACCUGGUUUGAUAAACCUCGCUCUGGAUGGGUGUGAUGGCUUCCAGUCUCAGGACACCAACCGCGUUUGGAUUGAGCUGGAAGUACUCCGAGACCUAUACACACAUAAUCGCUCAGCUUCGAAGAUGGUUUGUAUAACCCCACCCGACAUGCCCUUGACUUCAGGACCACUUCCACUCUGGGCCAAAGUUAGCUACAAGUGGCCCGAUGAUGCUUUGGAAAUCUUAAAGCGUCUUAACGACAGACCAAAGAUAUUAGCAAUAUAGAAAAUGCCUGAAAUCUUGCAAGCUUAGAUCUGUGGCAAAAUUAUUGGAGUGUAUGACCUUUUCCGCAGCCUAAUUGCUUUUCCCCUUCCACUUUCACUUUCCUUAACCCCCCACCUCCAACACAAGAAUGAGUCCUCACUAAGUUGCCAUUAGAGGACCUUUGUUGCUGAACAAAGAAUAUUUAAAAGGUAUAUCCUGCGGCCUAAACCCUUAAAUUCCCAGAGUUGACCAACGAGUGACUUUUCCUUACCUGCAACACGUUAUCUUGAAACAGUGUUAUGAGAACAAACAAGCUUAUCAGUAGGGGGGUGCUAUCUUGCUGUAAAACCAAAUUCUUGUGUCGAGUUUUUAAGAAAACUUGUGUCAGGCAUUAGGGAGAAUUACUGUUUGGAUCUUGGGAGUGAAAGGGUUAAAUAGCUUAAGGAGUGACCUAUAAAAAGCCAUUGAUUUAACUAUUUUUGUAUUAUCGUCUCCUGCCUGACCUUAAAGAAUCUCUGUAAAGUUUACCUUACCGGAAGUUAAGUAGUUAGUUUAGCCGUGAGAUACUUCAGCUGGUACAGCUCGUGUGUUGCAUUUAGAAGAAAAGAAGACAAAUCAUAUAUUCCGUGAUGGUACAAAGGAUAAGGAAACAUACUUACUGCAGCUAAUGGUUUGAUAAAAAAGAUUAAGCGUUUUAAA